CACUCACGGAGACAAUAUAAGCAAACUGCGGCCGAUUAUACCACUAUCCUCCAUUCCAUUUGUUGGUAUACUGCACUUUAUUUCCUGUGCGCGGGUGUUUCCGCUGCUGCAGUUUCAACAUGUCACUACAAACAGCAAGACACGUCGACAAUGCGAAGUCCGAGAGCGAACUGUCUAUCAAUAUCCGAAAAGCCACCAGCAUUGAGGAAUCGGCACCCAAACGAAAGCAUGUGAGGAGUUGUAUUGUGUAUACAUGGGACCACAGGAGCUCUCAGUCCUUUUGGGCUGGGAUGAAGGUGCAACCUAUACUCGCGGACGAGAUUCAGACAUUCAAAGCACUCAUCACAGUACACAAAGUUUUACAAGAAGGGCAUCCCAUAACACUUCGGGAAUCUAUGGCAAAUCGAAGCUGGAUUGACAGCUUGAAUCGCGGAAUAUCUGGAGAAGGGCUCCGAGGCUAUGGCCCGCUGAUCAAAGAAUACGUCUACUUCCUGCUCGCAAAGCUCACCUUUCACCAACAGCAUCCAGAAUUCAACGGCACUUUUGAGUAUGAGGAGUACAUCAGCUUAAAGUCAAUAAAUGAUCCAAAUGAGGGGUAUGAGACGAUUACAGACCUCAUGCAGCUACAGGACAAGAUUGAGCAGUUCCAGAAGUUAAUUUUCUCUCAUUUUAAGAGUGGCGCAAACAAUGAAUGUCGGAUUUCAGCCCUGGUACCACUGGUUCAGGAGAGCUAUGGGAUUUAUAAGUUUGUUACAAGUAUGCUUCGCGCAAUGCAUACAACAACCGGUGACGAUGAAGCUCUCGAGCCUCUAAGGAGCCGGUACGAUGCUCAGCAUUAUCGGUUGAUUAAGUUCUACUAUGAGUGCUCCAACUUGCGAUAUCUCACAAGCCUAAUAACAGUUCCCAAACUGCCUCAAGGCCCGCCCAAUCUCCUUGCCGAGGACGAAAACGCACCUAGCUUGCCACAACGCCCAAAGCAGGAAGUGGAACGCCAACCAACACCUGUCGCCGCACCGAAAAACGAGGAGCCGGAUGACAUCAGUGAGUUCUGGAAGGGCGAACAAAAUCGCCAACAGAAGGAGUACGAGGAGCAACAGAGAGUAUUGGAGGAAAGGCAGGCCCAACAGCUAUACGCCCAGCAGCAGGCAGCUUUGCAAGCUCAACAAAACUUUGAAGAGCAGCAGCGCCAACUUGCCGAGCAGCAACGCCGAGAACAAGAGGCGCUGAUGCAGCAACAGACACAAUGGCAGACCCAAGGACGGCUGGCAGAGCUUGAGCAAGAAAAUUUAAAUGCGAGGGCACAGUACGAACGUGAUCAGCUGAUGCUGCAACAGUAUGAUCAGCGCGUAAAAGCCCUCGAAAGUGAACUGCAGCAGAUCCAAGCCAGUUACGGUCAACAAAUUACGAGCAAAGACGACCAAAUCAAAGCAUUGCAAGAACAGCUGGAUACAUGGCGAACAAAGUACGAAGCUUUGGCCAAACUUUACUCGCAGCUGCGAACAGAGCAUCUUGAUCUCCUUCAGAAGUUCAAAUCCGUGCAACUCAAGGCAGCUUCGGCACAGGAAGCCAUUGACAAACGGGAAAAGCUUGAACGCGAAAUCAAGACGAAGAACCUUGAGCUUGCAGAUAUGAUACGCGAACGAGACCGUGCGCUACAUGAAAAGGAUCGGGCGAGCGGUGGCAACCGGGAAGAACUUGAAAAGCUGAAACGAGAACUCCGUAUGGCUCUUGACCGUGCUGAUAAUGCAGAGCUUAGCAAGGGCAACGAGCUCUCCUCAAUGCUUUCAAAGUACAACCGUGAGAUGGCCGACCUUGAAGAUGCCCUCCGGAAGAAGUCGCGUGCUCUUCAGGACAUGUCAACCAAAUAUAGGGAAGGCGACAGUGACCUCGAGCAGUUGCUCAGAGAAAAGGAAGAUGAGCUGGAGAUCAUGAAGAUGGGAAUGGACCAGACUUUGAUUGAACUUAACGAGCUCAAGCUAUCCCAAGGAGAAACAGACCAUGCUUUAGAUGGUCAGAUUGAUGCGGUGUUACUUUCUAACAUCGCGAAGAUCAAUGACAUUAUUGAUUCUGUCCUUCAGAGUGGCGUCCAACGCGUAGACGACGCUCUCUACGAGCUCGACUCCUCGAUGCAAGCGGGAAACCAGAAUGCGUCUCCGUCAUACGUGCUAUCACAGGUCGAGAAAGCCUCUGCGAGUGCGACUGAGUUUGCGACUUCUUUCAAUAACUUCAUCGCCGAUGGCCCUAAUAGCACACAUGCGGAGAUUAUCCGCGCCACCAACGUCUUUGCUGGCUCUAUUGCAGAUGUUCUAAGCAAUACCAAGGGACUCACAAGGCUGGCCACGGACGACAAAAAGGCCGACCAACUAAUAAAUUCAGCCAGACAAUCUGCUCAAUCCACAGUUAAAUUCUUCCGUGGCCUCCAGAGUUUUCGUCUGGAUGGGAUGGACCCUAUGCAGAAAACUGACGUCGUCAUCAAUAAUAACAAUGAUGUCCAGAUGAACUUGCAAAAGCUGAACAAGCUUGCUGACUCAUUUGCACCCAGCAGCGGGAGACUGGCGAACAACAAGGGUGACUUGGGAGAUCUUGUCGACAAUGAACUCACCAAGGCCGCUGAUGCUAUCGCCGCAGCAGCAGCACGCCUGGCCAAACUCAAGAAUAAGCCCAAGGAUGGAUACUCGACGUACGAGCUGCGAAUUCAUGACUCAAUUCUCGAUGCCGCAUUAGCACUUACCAAUGCCAUCGCGCAGCUAAUCAGGGCGGCCACCGCAACCCAGCAAGAGAUUGUGCAAGCUGGUCGGGGGUCGUCGUCUCGCACCGCCUUCUACAAGAAGAACAAUCGCUGGACUGAAGGUCUCAUCUCUGCUGCAAAGGCCGUGGCGAGCUCCACAAACACUCUGAUUGAAACUGCAGAUGGAGUCCUGUCCGGUCGCAAUAGCCCCGAACAACUUAUUGUUGCAUCAAACGAUGUUGCGGCCUCUACUGCGCAACUCGUAGCUGCGAGCCGAGUCAAGGCUGGAUUCAUGAGCAAGAGCCAAGAGACACUGGAGACAGCUAGCAAGUCUGUCGGUGCCGCAUGCAGAGCGCUUGUCAGGCAAGUACAGAGCAUGAUCAAGGACCGUGACCAGGACGAAGAACGAGUUGAUUACGGCAAGCUGGGAGCGCACGAGUUCAAGGUCAGAGAAAUGGAGCAACAGGUUGAGAUUCUGCAACUCGAGAAUAAUUUGGCUUCCGCGAGACAGCGGCUGGGCGAGAUGAGGAAGAUCUCGUACCAAGAAUGAGAUAACAGUUGCGAUAUGGGCUAGACGAAUGGAGCAGUAAGAAUAGGAAUUCGUACGGGCGCGACGACACGAUUAAUGUACAGAAUUACUUACAAGGCCAGGGACAUGUAUUUAGUAGCUCUAUUGCCCGAUGUUCUCUUGGCUUCCCCUCGGCGUUGCCCCUUGACUUUGCGCGUCUUUCCCAUGGCUUCCUCUCGAAAUUUCCCUGAUUUUCCUCUUAACUUUCCCUGGCUUUCAGCGACUUUCCUUAACUUUCCCAGACUCCUCCAUGCCUUUCCCUCAAUAUCCGCUUCGCAGUUAACGUUGAGCUCAGGCGCCGAAACGCAUUCCGCUAUUCCUAAACAGGAAAUAUUUCAAAAAUUACAUCAGGGUCCAAACCUUCGAUCGUUCGAGCGUUCGCCCCACCCCUUUCCACCGUACACCGUACUCAUGCAGGACGUACUAAAUCAACAGUUGGGAGUUCCGAUACGGAGUGGGGACAGAGGACAUGUCAGAUCUUUCGAUGCACGCUAACGCGAUGUGACCCUUCCUUCGCAUCUCUGCAGGGUCUGGCCGAGACUGGGCCAAUAGUGCAUCGGGUGACAAGUCUCUUUAUUGGGACAACCAACUUGCUGCGGUGUGAUGUCUCAUGCAUUGCGGCAAAGAUCUACGCGUCGCCAAGACAGUAAAAGCGGCGUGUGUGUGCUGAAUGAAUAGUGGUGGAGGUUUAUGAUAAUUUACGGCUUUGGGGAGAAGGAAGCACCAGUAACGGUAAAUAUGGGGACCUAGCAUCGGAAUUAAGGAGCUGGUGGUGGAUGGUGGUGGAAUGGUGGAUCGACGGUGGAGGGACAAGGUGCGGGAAGGAGUUGACGGCGUGGUUAGGUGGAGACUGCCCCGCGACUGAUGCGGAAAGGUGUUGUGGGACAGGGUUGGAGCUAGAUUCCUUGGCGUUCUUUAUCUGGACGUCACUUCUCGCAUUAAAAACAUGAUGCAAGGGCAGGGAUGGAAUGCUGAUGUUUCAUGCUUCGAGGUCGUCAGCUAAAACAACCAAAACAUUCCGAGCACUCUGUGGCGAGCGCUUUCUAGAACGAAUCCUCCAGCGCGUAGCUUUCGCUGCGUUCGAUAGCUGACAGAAGUUAGCGGGGAAAGAAGUGUGAUAGUGAGCAGCACAAACUACUCGUUGUCCAUUCCAUUGCCGACAGUCAACGUGUUGUCUGUUCCAAAUAAGGGUGGUCCCUGUCAAGGUCGAAAAUUUUUGCUGCCAUGCCAAGAGGGUCCUUGGAGACGUUUUGGAGGAACUCAACUUUAGCUGGCGUUGGGUUGAACUGAGGGAGCGAAGCCAUAAGCCGCUGGCCAUUAUUGUCCAUGUCCCGAAAUACUUCUUUGGCAGUUGGCAUAUAACCACGGUUGAUGCAAAGUGCAAUGAUCUCACUCUCGCUCAUUGUAGUAUGUUUGAAUUGGUCUUCCAUAGUUGCCAUAUCCGGGGGGCCAGUUUGGAUCAGAGUUUUGCUGCCAUCGUCUUGGAUAUUCAUAACCCAGUUCAGCUUGGGAAGGUAGUCAUGAAUAGGAAUGAUGCCAAUUGCUGGGCAGGAAAUUUCGAGAAACUUGUCCAGAGGAGCCAGCGCUUUUCCGCGGCAGUCCCGGAUAAUGGAGUAGACUUUGGCUAAGAUCGACCACUUCGCUUUGAACGGAUCCUGUUGCCAUAGCGUCGUUAAGUAGGUCGAAAUCUCCUUCUGUUGGGCGUCGGUAAACAUUCUUGCAUAAUAGCCUAGGUAACAUUAGCCCAGACCGGUAGUAUUUCACUCAUAUAUAUUUACUUCGGAAAGCCAUCCAAGAGUUCAAUGGACGCAUCGUGGUAGGCGUUGUCAAUGGCAUGGUGUUCAGCGUAGUCGUGCAAUCAAGAUAUUGAAUGUGCUGAGCGAGUUUUGAUUGAACAGUUGCAUUAUCGUCAAACCUAUUCGGGUGACCUGGAUCGGUCAUUUUGGUAAAGGUUCGAUGGUGGUGAAGUUAUCGCGAAAUGUGGACGAAAUAAUAAAGAUCUGUUGGUCAAAGUCCAAAGAUAUUUAUUUGAACUGAGCUGAAAAGAUUUACAGGAUUGCUUGUGAUGUUUUAUCUUCGGAGAAACGAUUCUUUAUGUAGUUGUCAAGGUGAAGUGGGCGUGUCUCUCGGUCG